AGCAAGUGUGUAGUGAGACGGGGAGACUGACAGUUUUUUCGCGAAAAAACACAUUUUUGGUCGAUUCCUAUAUCUAUGUAAAAGUGGGGAGAGAAACAUAAAAGUCUUCUGCGAAAAUGGCUUGCACUGUUUUGACAUGUCUGACGAAAAUGCGAGUGGCUGCAAAGUUGCCGUCAAGCCAAUUGGUGAGAGCUCUGUCAACUGGCCAUUAUUGUCUGAACCCUGCAGCACCAGCUGUUAAGCCAGAAACCAGAAGGACAGUGACGUUAAUCCCAGGAGAUGGGGUAGGACCAGAGCUCAUGCAGUCCGUACGGGAGGUGUUUAAAGGUGCUGGGGUACCUGUAGAUUUUGAAGAGCUUUUUGUCAGUGAGGUACAGGUAGGCAGGAGCGCAUCCUUAGAUGACAUCAUAGAGUCCUUCAAGAGGAAUCAGGUGGCACUCAAGGGGAUUAUUCACACACCCUGGGGAGGUGGUGGGGAGCUACAGACGCUCAACAUGAAGAUUAGACGAGAGCUGGAUGUAUUUGCCAACGUUGUAAAGUGUAACACUCUACCUGGCAUUAAGACAAGACACAGUGGUCUGGACUUGGUAGUUAUCCGUGAACAGACAGAGGGGGAGUACAGUGCAUUGGAGCACGAGAGUGUUCCAGGUGUCAUUGAAUGUUUGAAGAUUGUCACAAGGGACAACUCCCUGCGGAUUGCUAAGUUCGCUUUCGACUAUGCCACAAGAAACAAUCGUCACAAAGUUACUGCGGUUCACAAGGCUAACAUCAUGAAACUCGGAGAUGGUCUUUUCUUGAACAGCUGCCGUCAGAUCUCAACCCUUUACCCCAAGAUCCAGUUUGAGUCGAUGAUUGUGGAUAACUGUUGUAUGCAGCUAGCGUCUAACCCCCACCAGUUUGACGUACUGGUGACCCCCAACCUCUAUGGUAACAUCGUCGAUAAUCUUGCCGCUGGCUUAGUGGGAGGAGCUGGAGUGGUACCGGGGGAGAGCUACUCAACUGAAUAUGCCAUAUUCGAGCCUGGAGCCAGACAUACUUUCUCACAAGCUGUUGGUCGUAACAUCGCCAAUCCUACUGCAAUAUUGCUCUGUGCUGCCAACAUGCUCAAACACCUACAUUUGGACUCAUACUCAAAUCUCAUCAAUACUGCUGUGAAAUCCGUUCUGAAAGCUGGCAAGGUUCGGACUCAGGACAUCGGUGGGUAUGCUUCAACCACAGAGUUUACAAGUGCAGUCAUCAACAACCUGCGAUAGGACUAUCCAAGAAAUGCAAACCAUUAAAGCAUUACGGUCAAUGUAAAAGGUCAACAAACUCAGGAACUUAAAAAUAGAGCCCCCAACACCCUGCUGCUUUGUGAAUCGUAUAGACGAUGUGACCUAUGUUUACAUGUAAACAGCCCUCUGUUGACAAAACACUAUAUACGUCAUCUUUCGCCGGGCAAAAACACCCGUAGUCAUGGUAAGAUUGCAUACACUUUCGAGUUGGCUGCCAAAAUACAAAGGUUUUUCCUGGAGGUAUGCGCGCGAAUCAUGUUAUGGUUUUCGAGUGACGUCAGAGGUCACAUCGUCUAUAGCCAUUGGCCUUUGAGAUAUGGUGGACAUACUAUACAUGUUCAUGUAGGAGUUUACUGCUGUUUGGUUUGGGCAUGUACAGACAAGUUUACCCAAACCAAAUAGUGUUUAUAGUAGUGUGUUCACCAUAUCUCAAAAUGGCUUGUGGUGUAGAUUGUGUGUGCAAUUAAAGUAAAAGUUUUAUAAUUUAGUCUACGUGAGACAACAAAAUAUAAAAUUCACCUCCACAGAUUUUCAACUCCGUGUUAAGAAAAAUGGGUCGCAGUUUAAAAAAUAAUAAAUGCAAGGGCAUUUACUGUGUGACUGCUACAGUCAGUACAAUUUGUAAUGCUAGAUUAUUGAAUGACUAAAAAUUCAACAAGUAAAAAUGUUUUUAUGAAUGAGGAUUUUGUAGAUUUGACACUUUGCUGUUUAAGAAUGUAAAAUUUUGCAGUUUUUUAAAGAAAACAACUGUUUUGGAAAUCUUUUUAAAGAAUACAACUGAUUUCUUUAUGAAUGUUCUGUAUAAUUUAUACGAUGAAAUGUUUUAGCGCCGAUUUUACUUACGAUAAUGGGGAGGCAGUCAUUACAACUCUCUAAAAGUGUAUCACAAAUUUACCAAAAUGUAAUGAUAGAUGACAAAGUUCAGUUUGACUUGGCGUGUACAGGGAUCGAGUUUAGGAGAAAAUCCACAAGAUUUCAGCAGCUCAAACCAAAAUUAGAAGAAAAAAAACUUAUACAGUUAGACAUGAAAUUAACUGGUUUUUUUUAACAAAGCACUAAGACAUGUCAGCGAAAAUUUAUUUCAUUGGGGUGUUAAGUUUACUUCAUUCUUCAACGGAGGUGUUUUUAAGACUCAAGGGCAGUAUUUGAACAUAAAUAGUUUCUGUUAAAGAUAUUUCACAGUGAGGUAUUGUUAUUUAAACACAAGACUGCCGGACUUGUCUGGUCAUAACUUUACUGGCUAGACAAUAAAACCUUGGCAUGUUUUUCUAAUAAGUUUGUAAGUUUCAGUUAGAAUUCCAACUGAAGCUUUGUGGGGCAGACUGUCAAAAGGAAAUUCCUGGCCAUUCCUUUCUUUCUUUGACUUUCUGCAAUCUAUAUCACUAAAUAGAUAUGCGGUUAAACCUUCCACUUGUUACCUCUUACGGCUUAGGCUAUUAUUUAUUUAAACAUAACAGUAAAGUACUUUAAAGAUAAAAACAAAACUCUGAUUUGUUGUUAAGUUUUCACGAAAAGUAUUUAUAUUUAAAUAAGUUGUUGCAAUUAAUAGCCACUCAUGUGGAGAUGAAUAAAUUGUUGAAAAUGUUGACA